GUAUAACAGCGUGCGACACAUUAGUACUAUGUGAUAGUUUGCUACUGAUACAGUAUUAUCUUUUUUCUUUUUUUCCUGAUUGAGAUCCCAAACCCCGCUUUGUAGGUGCAGGAGAGAGGAGACCCAGAAGUGUAAUUCCUUCUAGUGACCCGCCUAAAGAGGGUCAAAGGACAGGAAGGAGAUUUAGAUGGUUUAAAAUCUCACAGCGGAGGGGAUUAACGGAGGGGGCGGGCAGGUGUACAGGGUGGAGACUUCCUGAUCCCAGGGCUGAAGGAUGGCGGCCCUGGCCCGCCAGCUGCAGCGUCUCCUCUGGACCGCUUGCAAGAAAAAGGAGAAGGAGAAGGAGGGGGAGGAGGAAGAGGAGGAUGAAGAGGAGGGGCGCGGGGCCCUCGAUGGGCCUCGGUCUCUGUUGACAGCGCCGCGCCGCGCCCAGCGGCCGCACGGGGGUGCCGAGGCGUCUUGUGGCCUGCGCUUCGGGGCGAGCGCAGCGCAAGGCUGGCGCGCGCGCAUGGAGGAUGCCCACUGCACUUGGCUUUCGUUACCUGGUCUGCCCCUGGGCUGGGCCUUGUUUGCCGUCCUUGACGGCCACGGUGGGGCUCGAGCUGCCCGCUUCGGUGCACGCCAUUUGCCACGCCGCCGCCGCGUCGAGGGCUCUCUGGCCGUGUCGCGAGCGUUGGGCGACUUUGCCUACAAGGAGGCUCCGGGGAGGCCCCCCGAGCUACAGCUUGUUUCUGCGGAGCCUGAGGUGGCCGCACUGGCACGCCAGGCUGAGGACGAGUUCAUGCUCCUGGCCUCUGAUGGCGUCUGGGACACUAUGUCUGCUGCUGCCCUGGCGGGACUGGUGGCUUCGCGCCUCCGCUUGGGUCUGGCCCCAGAGCUUCUCUGCGCGCAGCUGUUGGACACGUGCCUGUGCAAGGGCAGCCUGGACAACAUGACCUGCAUCCUGGUCUGCUUCCCCGGGGCCCCUAGGCCUUCUGAGGAGGCGAUCAGGAGGGAGCUCGCACUGGACGCAGCCCUGGGCCGCAGAAUCGCUGAACUGUGUGCCGAUGCUCAGGAGCUGCCCAGCCUGAACACAGUUUUCAGGACUCUGGCCUCAGAGGACAUCCCAGAUUUACCUCCUGGGGGAGGGCUGGACUGCAAGGCCACUGUCAUUGCUGAAGCUUAUUCUCAGAUCUGCCAGGUCUCAGAAGAGUGCAGAGAGAAGGGGCAGAAUGGCGCUGGGAAGUCCACCCCCACGCAUUUGGGCUCAGCUUUGGACAUGGAGACCUGACAGCUGUUGUCCUUUGGGGACCCUUUGCUCCACUGGGGCCUCAACAGAACUAAAGAAGAAAACCGACCCUUUCCCCAACUACAUGUACCAGCGGAAGGAAGGAAGGCCAAUGUAGGAACCCAAAAUGCUUAUUUCUUCUCUUACUUCCCUCUCACAGAAAAGUCUUACGAGAGGGGAAAUUCCACCAACAUCCAGACCAAAAAGAAAAAAAGCCCAAAACGAAAAAAAAAAACAAACCCAAAAAAACCCCCAACCAAAUGUCUUUGAAAUAUUCAGAGCCAAACAGAUUCUGAGAGAUCACCCAGUUCAAUAACCUCUUUCCUUAUUAUUAUUCAUCUGUUUUUGAGGGGAAGUAGAGUUUUGAUUAUUAAACUUUAUUUACGUAAGUGAUUCCAAAUGCAUUUUCUUGUAAAAAA